ACAAAAGAAGGAUGGGCUACAGAACAGAUUAGAAAGUUGUCCAUUCUUUCAGUCAUCCAGUGCUCCCUGUUGCUCAAACUUUCCCUCAACUUUCCCCCAAACUCUUCCUGUUUUCUGCUCUGCUUCUCUCACAAAGACCUGCUUCAUUCAGUCACCUGCAUUUACCUACGGGAAGAGAGCAGCGGAGGGAGGUACAGAAAGCACCUUGGCCCAACCUGCCGCACCUUCCUUCCCGCGGGGAUUUUCCACAUCCGAGCACAGACCUCUGCUUUGUUUUGACGUUUGACUGAAAUCACUCAGGUCUGGAGGAGAUAAAGGAGUGAUCUACCUCCCUGUACCUGGCUUUGGAUGUUUGUGGCACAUAUUUCCCACGCCACUUUUCCUUUUUUUUUUUUCUUCCCUGAAUGGAAAAUGGAGUGGCGAUGCGAGCGGGGACGUAGGUGCACAAGCAAAUAGGAGGCUUGACUGCUGCAGAACAAGUCUCAGCAAAAGAAAGACAGAGGGUGCGCAUGAGAAGAGGUAAUCGUUAGAAUUGUUGUGUGCAGGACAAAAAGCUUCUUUGUUAUUUUUUCCUCUUUUUUGAACAUUCUGUUUUUUGUCAGUGUCUUUUAAAUGGAUGAUGAAGUGAUAAGGGGAAAGUCUUUCUUUGGGACGCUGCCGUGUCGGAUGUCACAUCCAUCAUAGUGAGUGCUGCAGUGGAACAGUGUUGUCACAGUGCAAACACAUGGCUGGUCAGACUAUUUACUUCUUUACUGAAAGCAAAUAAUAAGCUGUUCCAGGAAGCUUGUGUGACCUGAACCAUAAAAAUAUGGAGAGAGAGAAUGGAUCCUGCUCAAAUGAACGAUGGACUAUAUCUGGUUUUGUAUGACGUCAGAAACCUUUUUACGGAAGACACUUUGUAUGCUUUCUGCCUCCUGAAAGCAAGGUCACAGACACAGCUCUUUGGCUCGCCCACGAAAUCCCUUCAUCUCUAACAAAGCUGAACCUCAGCUUCUCUUAAGGGACCAGCUGUGUGAACUUCUCAACCAUGCAAUACUUUGGAGGAAAGCUGUCAGCUGCCCAGCUGCAGGUGUCGGGCUGGGUGGGCAGCGUGCGGCGCUCCUUGCAAGGGGCUCUGGAGAUGAUGUGGGGCGCAGCGGAAGAGAAGCAGGAGGAGGAAGAAGAGGAAGAGGAAGAAGUUGGAGAUGGAGAUGGAGGAGGAAGGUUCCAGAGAGCCAUGUCACCGUUGCGGAGCUUCGCCAGACGUAGCAGGAGGUCCCUGCGUCGCUUCUCCAACAGGAGUCGGCAUACUGUGCAGAGGAGAGCAAGUCAAAGCUGCUCUGCCCCGGUUAACAGCUACUCCACAAACGGUGAAGACAAAGACACUGAUGCUUUGAUAGACACUGAGCCAGACCACCAGAAUGAGGCCGAUGAAGAGACACCUGAAACUGACAGUCCAGAGCCCUUCCCUGACCAAGAUACUGAAGUCUCCACUGAAGAUGGUGAUACCACUGAUUCCCCCAGAGAAGCUGAACCAGCUCCAUUCCCUGAGAGCUCUGCUCCUCUCCUCGAUACCAGCGCACAGAGAUCGAAGGCCGAUCUUGGUAAGAGGCGAAGUCGAUCACGUCCAUCACGCUCACUCCGUUCAGGUUCGUCUCAGAAGAAAAGCCCAGAUUGGAGAUCAUGUGACACUACAGAAGAAAAGGAGGCGUUAUCCAAGCAAAAGGAGUCAGACUCUGAGGAGGACCAGCCGAAACAGAAGGUAGUCUGUUCUCCUCCUCCUCCCACCUCCCAGAGAGUACCCAUUUUUCCUGGUAUGAACCCUUCAGCCUUAAUUGCUCAGAUAAAAAGGAGAACAGGUGGAGGAGGGACCAGAGGAGGAGAGGAACCAGAGGAAGGCAAGCAAAAAGAGGAGAAGGAAAGUCAAAAUGAGGAAGUAGCACCGUCUCCCUCACAGUUGUCCCGCUCUCCCCGUGUUCCCGCUCAUCUUGCUGGAGCUGCACUUGUGCUGCCACCCAUAGGUGGCAAGGAUGGAGGUGCCGUCUCAUCUCCCGCUUGGCUGAAAGAACUGAAGUCUAAGAAGCGUCUGAGUCAAUAUGACAAUGAGGCUUAGCUGAAGACAGGAGACACAGCACUGAUGGUGUUCAGCAAGAAUCAACCCAUCUCAGCUGCUGCUGACAAACACAUUGCCAUGAUUGCUCCAUUUUGAACUCUGAGUGCCUUAUUUUGGACCUCUAAUGAGGUACGCAGGAGGGGAAAUGAGACUUUUCCUGCACGCAGAGGCCAUCAAGAACUUUUGUAUCUUGUAAAUGAAAUGUGUUGCCAAGGCUGAGUGCCAAGACUGUGAUGUUUUGAUGCCAAGUACAUGUUUUAUCUUUAGUUGUACGGAGGCUGAAUGGAGGGGAGACACCCUUGUGUAAUUUAAAGCAAAGCCAUCAACUGUCUUAUUGUUUGAAUGUGCCUGUCAUAUACUGAGAGGGACUGAUGACACUAGGCCUUCAGCAGGGUACCCACACACACAAACACACAGGUAUGUACAGAAAAUAUUGACUAUAUAUAAUUGAUCGCACCUUGUUUGUAUUCAGGUGAAAUGUACAAAAUGCCUUUUUAUAUUUUCUUUCUAAUCACAGACUGUCUCAAGUACACCUUUAAGCACUUUAAGACGAUUUAUAACAAAUUACCGUCUAUACAGUUCGUCCAAGUAAUAGGAUCAUUGACUACCCAACUGUAUUAACAUGGUCAGGGGAUUUUUUCUUUUUGUUACACAGUGAAUGUCUGACAUCUCUUUAAAGCAACAUUAUGUAACUUUUUCCCCUCAAAUUAACAACUUCAAAAUCAUGUUGACGGUGCAGUGCCCUGUAACAGGGUGAAUAUUGUCUCUGUCUCAGCGACCCCCCCCCAUCUGUUUCUGCACUAUGUAAUUUUAGUGAGAGUGUAGGAUUACAGCGUUAAGUACACGUUUACGUCAACAUACAAGUUUUCAACACAUACAUUUGUCAUGCCAUAAUGAGUAAAAACACUCAUUACACUUAUAGGCAGCACCCGCAUUACGUUUAACAAAUUGUUUGAGAGAUUGCUGGUAUUUACAACAGUGGCGUUGCACUCAGAAACUGUGGGGGGUGCCAAAGUGCACAUAAUGGCAGUAUCUGCAUACUGUUGCUUUAAAGUCACCUUCCAUGAAACUUAAUGAUGCACAUCCUAAAUUGAAUAAAACUGGCCAAUAGUGAACUGGGGUGAACUUUUGGGCAUGCUGUAACAAUCAAUUUCAAGAGAAAAAAAAUGGAACCCAGUAAUAAUGAUAAUAAUAACCAUUCAUCUGCUCUAGAUUCUCUUCUGUGCCUUUUUCAUUGUCUUCAAUGCUGUAAUCAUGUAUGAUCAACCUACUGUAUGAUAAGAGGAAAUUGAGGGAAAUUUAUUAAAAGCUUUUCUAUGAACUCUAA